CCUGCCCCAAGUUGCCUCCUCUCCUUCUCUCUGUAUAAAUUCCCGUUCUCACACCUCAACCUUUCGUUCGAGAAAUCCAGCAAUUUCAGAGAAAGAGAGGCGAGAGGUCUUCUUCCAGGAGAUUUCUAGGGUUGUCCUUUGAAUAUCUCUCCGAUCGUUCCUGCAAAGGUGAACACGAAUUCCAGACGAGAUUUUUAGGGUUUAGAUCGGUUGGAACUGCAAAGAGCUCGAAAUCUCCUGUAGAAAAUUUCACGUUUCUCUGUAUCUGAUUGGACAAUUUCGAAGGAUAGAGACGUUUCAGACGAGAAUUGUAGGGUUUAGAUCGAUCACAUCGGGAAAAUGAGAAAGUGAGUUGCGUUCCUUUGAUUUCUCAUAGUCUGUUGGAAUUUUUCUGCGUUUUGUCCCCGGAUUGGAUUUUCAUGGAAGGAGAACGGGGUUUUAUGGUGUGUGCUUUUCAAUCUCCGCUCUGACAGUUUAGACAGGUUGAACGAAGAUUUUAGGUUUUAGAUUGAUCGCCAGGGAAAAAGCCGUGAAAUCAAGCUAUAUUCUCUUUGAUUUUCGUUGCCUAUAGAGAAUUUCUUCUUUCUCUCUUCUAAUUGGGGAGUUUCCAGAGGAGGGAGCAUCAAGUUGUUUGGUUGGAGAUUUUCUAGGGUUUUAUUUCUAUGCAAUUUAUUGGACUCAGAAGAUGUAUAGCAAUUUCAAGGAGCAGGCAAUAGAAUAUGUUAGGCAGGCUGUUCAAGAAGACAAUGCCGGGAAUUAUGCGAAGGCGUUUCCCCUUUACAUGAAUGCCUUGGAGUACUUUAAGACCCAUCUGAAAUAUGAGAAGAAUCCGAAGAUCAAGGAUGCAAUAACCCAGAAAUUUACUGAGUAUCUGCGGCGUGCUGAAGAGAUCCGUGCUGUUCUUGAUGACGGUGGUCCGGGCCCUGCUUCAAAUGGGGAUGCUGCUGUUGCCACACGGCCAAAGACGAAGCCGAAGGAUGGGGACGGGGGAGAAGGGGAGGAUCCUGAGCAGUCUAAGCUGCGGGCGGGGCUACAUUCUGCAAUUAUAAGAGAGAAGCCAAAUGUGAAUUGGAAUGAUGUUGCAGGGCUUGAGAGUGCAAAGCAGGCACUGCAGGAGGCUGUGAUCUUGCCUGUCAAGUUCCCACAAUUUUUUACUGGCAAGCGACGUCCAUGGCGGGCAUUCCUUUUGUAUGGCCCACCUGGAACUGGAAAGUCAUACUUGGCCAAGGCUGUUGCAACAGAGGCAGACUCAACCUUUUUCAGUAUUUCUUCCUCAGACUUGGUUUCAAAGUGGAUGGGUGAAAGUGAGAAGCUAGUUUCAAACCUUUUCCAAAUGGCUCGUGAAAGUGCUCCUUCAAUCAUCUUCAUUGAUGAAAUAGAUUCUUUAUGUGGCCAACGUGGAGAAGGCAAUGAGAGUGAAGCUUCUCGGCGGAUCAAAACAGAACUUCUUGUACAAAUGCAGGGUGUAGGAAACAAUGACCAGAAAGUUCUCGUUCUUGCUGCAACAAACACACCAUAUGCUUUGGAUCAGGCCAUCCGGAGACGAUUUGAUAAGCGGAUUUACAUUCCCCUCCCCGAUUUGAAAGCUAGGCAACACAUGUUCAAGGUUCAUCUAGGAGACACCCCUCACAACUUGAAUGAAAGCGACUUUGAGAGCUUAGCUCGCAGGACAGAAGGGUUUUCAGGUUCAGAUAUCUCUGUUUGUGUUAAGGAUGUUCUUUUCGAACCAGUUCGCAAAACCCAAGAUGCCAUGUUUUUCAUAAAGACCUCCAAUGACAUGUGGAUGCCAUGCGGACCGAAACAGCCAGGGUCUGUUCAGACCACUAUGCAGGAGCUUGCAGCACAAGGCCUUGCUUCUAAGAUUCUACCACCACCAAUCGCAAAGACGGAUUUUGAUAAAGUGCUGGCAAGACAGAAGCCGACCGUUAGCAAAUCUGAUCUCGAGGUGCAUGAAAGGUUCACCAAGGAGUUUGGUGAAGAGGGCUGAUGAGAAUACAAAGUUCCGGGUACUGUUACUGUAUUUAAUGCUUCUAUUGCUGUGAAUGAAACAUAUGGGUGUUAUAUCUUCUUCUAGAUAUUGGAUGUAAGUCCCCUACGGGUGGGGAUUUUGUCUGGAAUUGGCACUUGAAUAUCUAGUUUCAACGAGAAGAAGCAGAUUGGUUUCAAA